AUGCACCAGCGCACGCACACAGAGGAGAGGCCCUUCCGCUGCCCCGACUGCGGGCAGGGCUUCAGGCGGAACUCCCAUCUUGUCAGACACCAGCUCAUCCACACUGGGGAGAGGCCCCACGAGUGUGAGGAAUGUGGGAAGAGCUUCACACAUCGCGCCAACCUCAUCUACCAUCAAAAGAUCCACUCUGGGGAGAGGCCCUACGAGUGUUCCAGGUGUGGGAAGGGGUUUCGGACCCACUCCCAUCUCCUCCUGCACUAUUGGAGUCACACAGAGGAGAGGCCCUUCUGCUGCCCCGACUGCGGGAAGGGAUUCAGGCAGAACUGCCACCUUGUCAGGCACCGGCGCAUCCACAGCGGGGAGAGGCCCUACGAAUGUCCCCAGUGGAGAGCAAAGCAUGCAUUGCCCAUACAAAUUAAGCUCAAGGAAGGGGAACAACAAGUAAGGGUUAAAAAAUACCUCCUAAAGAAGGAAGACAGAGAAGGGACUAGCAAAAUCAUAGAAAACUUUUUGCUAAUAGGACUGUUAAGAGAGUGUCAGUCUGAUUUCAAUACCCCCAUUUUGCCAGUAAGAAAGCCUGAUGGGUCAUACAGGUUAGUACAAGACCUAAGGGCUGUUCUCAAAGUAACUGAAGACUUGUAUCCAGUAGUUGCUAACCCUUAUACUUUAUUAACUCCUUUAACACCUGAACUAACCUGGUUUACCAUUUUAGAUUUGAAGGAUGCCUUCUUUUGCCUCCUUCUCUACGAGGCCAGCCAGAAAAUUUUUGCAUUCAAAUGGGAGAACCCCAAAACUGCACGGAGGAAGCAGCUCACAUGGUGUGUAUUACCACAGGGGUACAAGAUUCCCACUGUAUCUGGGGAGCAACUUGCCAAGCAUUUAGAGUCUUGGAAACCUCCACCAGGAGAAGGGCAGUUGCUGCAGUACGUGGAUGACCUCCUAACAGCCACCCAGACCCAGGAGACACGCGUGCACUGGACGGUAAGCCUCCUAAACUGUUUGGGCCUGCAGGGGUAUGGAAUAUCCCAGGAGAAAGCCCAGAUGGUGAGGCAAACAGUCAUUUGCCUGGGUUAUGAGGUGAGUGCAGGUCAAAGGACCUUGGGGCAGGAUGGCAAAGAAGCAAUAUGCCAGACCCCGAGCCCUCAGACACUGAAGGAACUGAGAACCUUUUUAGGCAUGACAGGGUGGUGCAGCCUGUGGAUUUCUAACUAUGGGUUACUUGUUAAACCUCUAUAUGCCCUGAUCAGGGAAGGGAGCAGAGAUCUUCAGUGGACAAAAGAAGCAACCCAAGCCUGUGACCAACUAAAGAAGGCCCUCAUGUCAGCUCCGGCUCUAGGACUUCCAGACGUGAGUGAACCAUUUUUCCUGUUUUCCCAUGAAAAACAAGGGAUUACCCUGGGAAUAUUAGCAGAGAAGUUAGGCCCGUACCAGAGAGCAGUGGCCUAUCUCUCCAAACAGCUGGACACGGCAGCUAAAGGAUGGCCAGGGUGUCUCAGAGCUGUUGCAGCAGUGGCAGUGAACAUCCAGGAAGCACACAAAUUCACCCUGGGCCAGAAAAUGACUGUGCUGGUAUCCCACACGGUGUCUGCAGUCCUUGAGGCAAAAGGGGGACAUUGGCUCUCCCCACAGAGGUUUCUGAAGUACCAAGCUAUACUAGUGGAACAAGAUGGUGUUGAAAUUGUGGUAACUCACAUUGUGAAUUCAGCUUCCUUCCUCAGUGGGAGUAUGGGAGAAGCAGUGAUCCAUGACUGUCUGGAGACCACUGGAGCCACUUUCUCCAGCUGCCCGGAUCUGAAGGACACCCCACUUGAAGAUGCUGAGACCUGGUUCACUGAUGGAAGCAGCUAUGUCAUCAGUGGAAAAAGGCACCCUGGGUAUGCGGUUACCACAAGCAGAGAGGUAAUAGAGUCUGGACCUUCACCAGCAAACACCUCUGCACAGAAGGCUGAAAUAAUCACCUUAACUCGAGCCUUAGAGCUGGCAAAAGGAAAAGAGGUUAACAUCUACAUGGACUCAAGGUACACGUUUGGGGUGGUUCAUGCACGUGGAGCCAUUUGGAGAGAGAGAGGACUGUUGAAUUCACAAGGGAAGAAUAUUAAACAUGCACAAGAGAUACUGAGACUACUAGGUGCAGUACAACUACCUGAGAAGGCAGCCAUCAUGCACAUUAAGGCACAGCAAAAAGUGAGCUCUGAAUUGGAAGAAGGGAACAUGCUGGUGGACAGAGAGGCAAAAGACGCAGCCAGAGGUUGGCCAGAAGCUUUCCCUACUAGGACAGCUGAAGCACGAGAGAUCAAAGAACAGCAGGCCUGGAUCCAUCACUCCCGAGUGAAGAAAGCCCCUGAGGAAGUCUGGAAACUGAUGCCAGGUGACAAAGAACUGAAGCUGAAGCUCACCCGGAACCGUGAAUAA